ACUCUAUAAAUGCAGCUGCCGACGUUGAUGAUUGUGGAGAGACACACAUUACGAGUCUGUCUUUUCUCUUUAGAGUGACUGUUUUAUACGUGUAAACCCAACAUGGUAAAUAUAAUUUUAAAGGACAACAAACCUCAGAAGCAGCCUGUCUUUGACUCUCAGGAGGAGGGAUGUGUGUACAGGAUUCCUGCUCUUUGCUACAACAGCUGCAGUCAAACUCUAUUCGCCUUUGCAGAGAAGCGGACGAGUUUGAGUGAUGAUGAUGCUGAAAUGCUGGUGAUGAAAACAGGAAAGCUGAAGGAGGAUGACUCUAAUGAGAUUCAGUGGUCGGAGCAAAAAGAAGUGAAAAAUGCACUUCUUUCUGGACACCGUACCAUGAACCCCUGCCCAGUGUAUGAGAAGAAGAGCAACAAACUGUUCCUGUUUUUCAUCUGUGUUAAAAAUGGUUGCUCAGAACAGUCGCAGAUAACUGAUUGCUCCAACAAGGCUCAUCUCUGCUACAUCACUACCGCCGAUGAUGGUGAAAACUGGAGCGAGCUGAAAGAUUUGACUCCAGAUCUGCACGAAAUUGAUGACUGGGCCACAUUUGCUGUCGGGCCGGGCCAUGGUCUUCAAACACAGAAGGACAGGUUGAUUGUUCCUGUCUACGCAUAUAAAAUAAAAAAGAGAAAAAAACGAGGCUCCUGUUGCUGUCGGAAAGUUUGUGCCCCUAUUUCAUAUGCUCUCGCCCUGUACACUGAUGAUCCAGACAAAGGGUGGAAGUUUGGCAACAUGCUUGAAACUGAAUCAGGUGAAUGUCAAAUGGCAGAGUUCUUAGAUGACAAAGGCAACUGGGUUGUCUACUGCAACGCCCGUAGCAAGAGUGGCCAUCGAGUGGAAGCUGUUAGUCUGAACGAGGGUGACGAUUUCUCCAUCCUGACCGGGAAGCUUGUUGAUACAAAGAACACAGGUUGUCAGGGUAGUGUGGUCUCCUUUCCAGCUCAAAGUGAAGUUGGAAGUACGAAAACCUGGCUUCUCUUCUCCCACACAACCGAUGUGAAAAAAAGGGUUGAUUUAGGAGUGUAUCUGAACAAAUCCCCACAGGAUCCAGACAAGUGGAGCGAACCCUGGAAGAUUAACAUUGGAAUCAGUGGUUACUCAGAUCUGGCUUAUAUUGGUAAUGGAAGGUUUGUGUGUCUAAUGGAGUGUGGGAAGGAAAAAACAAAGGAGGAUGAGACCAACAAAAUAAAAGACCCGAUAUCUGAUCAUAUAAUAUCUUCUGUGAUGUUUAGCUACGACCAGGUCGAGCAAGGCAUUAGACAGUGAUGUCAAUUUCUGUACCGGUGUUAUAGCCUACAUAGACUUCAAAGGCUCAAUAGAUAUGACUAUUAAGUGAGGAGAUCCUAAUCAAAGUUUUAUCUUAAAAUUAUUAAGAGCCACUAUAUUUUCUUUUAUGCUUGCAUGUGGAUUUUAUUUUGCUUUUGAUUUCAGCUCGAACAACAAUGAAAACGAUGUGGCAUUGACAAUUUAGGUUAUAAUGUUGUUCUCCAAUGUAAUUCUUAUUUUGUUCAUGAAAUGAACAAAUUGUCCUCUGAUAAAUUGUAAGAGCUGUUAUAACUAGUAUUUUUGAUAAAUGGAAGAUUGGUCAGUUGUUAGUGAAACUUUUAUUUUUUUUAUUAAAGUUUUGUCUGUAGCCAUCACAGGACUGUAAUAAACAUGACCAGUCAUUUCAUACAGACCAAGUGAAAUGAUUGGCGGGUGUUCCUGUCUGUCACUAACCGACCUGCCUGCCUGCCCGGGCUCACACUCUUCAUAACUGGGGUCUUCAGCUGGCGAGACAAACAUCGCUGAAGUAGAGACGACUGCUAACUAAGACCUCACUGUAUAAGGUUUUGUUUGCAUGUGUAAUGGAGUGUGGGGAGAAGAAAGAAAUUAGCAGAUAAUCCUUGUUGGUUUGUAUCUACAACAUGUGAAAACUUCUCUGUCUUUACAAACCAUGACAAUUGUGCAAAUGUACAAAAUAAUGAGAUUUCAUUGAAGAGCAGAAUGUUUCCAAUAUAAACACUAAAUAAAA